AUGGAAAAGACGUUCUCUACUUUUCAUGCCUCGAAUGUGCUCCUGCAGCAACAAUAUCGAGAGAAAGGUUUCAAGAAGUAUUCUGACCUAAUUUCUCAUCUUCUUGUGGCUGAACACAAUAAUGAUUUAAUAAUGAAAAAUAAUGAGAAUCAGCCUACUAGAUCUACACCACUUUCUGAAGUGAAUGAGGUAUGCGCCCACCAUGCUAGACGUGGAAAAGAUCACGGUCAUGAUCGUGAACGUGGACGUGGUCGUAAUUCUGGUGAAGAACAAAAUUUUGUUCCUGGUGUUAAUCAUUCAUCAAAAAAAAAUCACCAUCAAAAGGAAAAGAGAAAAGAUGAGAAGCGUGAAACAGUUAGAGCAGGCUGUUUUCGAUGUGGUGCAAGAGGUCACCAUCAACGUGAUUGUCGUACUCCCAAACACUUGGUUGAACUUUUUCAUGCAUCACUAAAGAAGAAAGAGAAAAAUUCUGAAACUAAAACUAAUUUUGUUUCUGAAAAUCAUGUUGACAUCACACAUUUGGAUGUAGCAGAUUUCUUUGCACACCCUGAAGGAAAGAUAGAUCACUUAAUUGGUGAUGGUUCUGUGGCUAUGGAAGAAUGA